AUGGAAGCCGAUAUGCCAGACCUGCUUCAUAAUGCGCGCGCACAUCUGGAACGACUCCUACGUCGUCUGGAGAUUGGGAGCUCAUUGCUCAAGGAUGAGGUGGAUCUCCGCUGUCUCUCUCAAGUCGAUGUCAUCGGCAUGACCACAACAGGGCUUUCUUGGAGGAUAAAUAUGCUUCGACGACUGCGAUGCAAAGUGGUUAUAUGCGAAGAGGCUGGUGAGGUUCUCGAGUCGCACCUGCUCGCAGCUUUUCUGCCUUCGGUGGAACAUGCGAUUCUCAUCGGUGAUCAUCUUCAGCUGCGACCACAGAUUCAAAACUUUGACCUUUCCCGGGAAAAUCCCCGAGGCGGUGCGCAGUAUUCACUCGAUGUGUCGCUGUUUGAAAGACUAGUGAAGCCGGGGGACAGCCCUAUGGGCUGCGGGCUCCCAUUCAGUACACUGUACCCGGAAUUGAAAGAUUCCUCAUCUGUCGAAGAAUACCCGGAAGUAGCGGGCAUGAGAAAGCGACUGUUCUGGCUGGGUCAUCGAAUGCCUGAAGGGGAUGCAUCCAACGCCGAUGCGAUGUCAACUUCUCACUGGAACAGUUUCGAGAUCGACAUGAACACGGCACUGGUCAACCAUCUAGUUCGACAAGGUCAAUACAAGGGCGGGGAUAUUGCGGUGCUCGCCCCAUACUUGGGUCAACUUCACCGACUGAGAGAAAGACUGAGUGGAUCCUUUGUAAUUGCAUUGGGGGACCGUGACCAGAAUGAUCUGAGCAAAGGAGGCUUUGCGGAUGAUUCCGACGAGGAAUCUGUUGUCAAAACUCCUUUGUUGCAUACUCUUCGGGUGGCAACCGUGGACAAUUUCCAAGGCGAGGAGGCCAAGGUCGUCGUGAUCUCUCUGGUCAGAAGCAGCUCGCGGAGCCAGUGCGGUUUCCUACGCACUUCGAAUCGGAUCAAUGUUCUUUUGUCGAGAGCACAGCAUGGCAUGUACAUCAUCGGCAAUUCAGAGACCUCGACUCAUGUGCCCAUGUGGGCUCAAGUUAUCGAAAUCCUGGACCGGGAGGGAAACAUUGGGGAGGCUUUGGAGCUCAAAUGUCCUCGUCAUCCCGACAGAGCUAUUACUAAGCUGGCUGCAAUUUGCGCUGCGUACAUCGUCUGGCAUGCGGCCAUGCCUGUGCGCAAAAGUGUCAUGCGGACAUUCUUCACAACGCUGUUUACUGCCUCGAACCAAAAGCCAGGCCGCUGA